AUGGAGGAAAACGGUGGUGGGCAGACCCCUGAAGACACCUCCGUCGCCGACGAGCUUAUUUCUCCAAUUGACUCAGAUCAAUUUUAUCCAACAAGGGGUCAGCGCCAGACCAUUAACCGUUUCAAUAAACAUGUAUUGGGCGACCAAUACAUUAAGCAAGCUGCUCGGCUCCAUCCAAGGUCGCGCGAAGAGACAAAGAAGCGUGACAAUGAGUUUUCGCUGACAGAGCGCAUUCAUGAGGCUGAGAUUGGCCAAAUCAAGACACCACCUGAGCCAGCUCAUAGGUGGACUGUAACGCUUGAAGAAGACACUUUUACUGAGGAAAAGUAUCAAGUCUAUGAAAACUAUCAGCGAGUUGUCCACGGGGACGAGCCUUAUGAGAGGUCGCCGGAUUCUUUUCGACGAUUCCUCUGUGGCUCUCCUCUGCAGCGUCGGACUAUGGUUGGACCUGAUGGGCGAAAGCGCCGCUUAGGCUCCUACCAUCAGUGCUACCGCCUAGACGGCGUUCUAGUCGCUAUAGGAGUGCUUGACUUACUGCCACAAUGUGUCAGCUCUGUUUAUUUCCUUUACCACGAAAGCAUCCACAAAUUCGCCCCUGGCAAGCUGGGAGCUCUCUAUGAGAUCUCGCUCGCGAUUGAAGACGGUUACCGGUGGUGGUAUCCUGGGUUUUACAUUCACAGCUGCCCCAAGAUGAGAUACAAAAUAGACUACGGCCCGCAGUACAUCCUCGACCCAGAUACCCUGGAAUGGCGAUUUUUGGAUAAGAGCAUUUUGGACAUUCUGGCUAGGGAUACUUAUACUAGCCUAUCGGCAGCCGAUAAUCCUAGAGGAUCUGGGCUGCAUUCUGCCGACGGUAUGAUCAUAGACACCUCUGCUGGAAAAGAUCAAAAAUCUGCAUCUUCGGGCGAAGACUCGGAGAAAUCCGAUUCGGAUGAAGACAGUGGCAUGACCUAUAAAUCCCUCUUCCAAUCUGGAAUGCCAGGUAUUCCUUCUGUUCAGGACAUGGAACAAUUCGAUCUGGACCACAUUGUUCUGAGGAUUUUUCCUACAGGCCCGCUGUUUGAGACGUCAGACCUUGUCGGCUGGAGGCAUAGUAAACUGGCAGAGCCGUCAACCGUAAAGCAUAGCAUUGCACAGUUGAUAGCUGCCGUGGGCCCCGAUCUCAUGGAUCGCAUCUGUUUGGAUUUGGUGCGUCGUCGAGGUUAA